AUGAACGAUCAGGAGCACUGCAAUAAUAGUCUCACUGGUUAUAUAUUCUCCCUUGCAAAUCGAUCCGUGGAAAGUAAGCUGAAGGAACAGGCACUGGCAGCAUUCCCCAACGAACAAGUUCAUGAGCCUGUCGACCACUUUGCCAUUGAUAAGGAAGAAGAUGAAGGCUUGGGCGAGGCAGUAGGAAUUUCACAUACAAUUAGACGUGAAUCGUCGGCCGAUCUUCCAUGGGAGCUUGAACACUUGCGCCGGCACAAGGAGGAUGCUGAGAUGAGGGACCGGGCCAUGGUAGGCAUGAAGGGAACAUGGGGUUCAACUGCACGUUUCAACCCCCGGCAAAUAUCUGAAGGAAUUGACCACGCUGUCGUGCACACCGGGUACUGGAGAGGAUAUCAAGAGUCAAAGCACUCGAAAUAUCUCGCGCGUCCUCGUAUGUUAGGCGACGACCUCAUUUUCCCGCAAAGCCUUUCUCCCAAGUCGACUAUCUGUGAAAGCGGCUCAAUACUUGAAAUCAGCUGUGGCAUGCAUCAACUCCAGGACAAGUCGGGUCUCUGGUGUACAAAGGACACCCUUGAGCAUGACUGUAUCACCAAUGGUCUCUGGAUGGGAACGUGUUGGGUUAACAGGAGCACUCAAGAAUCCCAUUGCCACAUGUCUUCCAGGACAACGAAUCCUACCAAGGCGUUAACUAAUGUCCGCUCAGGAGGACGGAACGGGGCCGAAUUUAGAUCUAGACUCUCGGAGAACAGCAUGGAUUCUCAGGGCAUUAGACACCCCAACCAUAUUGAUGGCAAUUGCUGUUUUGAGCCUCACGACACCUUUGUGACGCAGAUCUACAAUUACCUAUCUUUAGGUUAUCCAUGUGUUGCCCGUUACUAUGAUCAGGAGCUCAGCAGAGUGUCAGGCAUUUCUGUAGAGGAGCUCAGGCGGGAUGAUGACCGUAAACAUCCCAGGGGGUAUGUCGACAUCAUUGAGAGUCAUCUAACUGGCAAAUUGGCUAUUGCUCAUGCCUGCGCUCGCUGGGUUGCGCUGCGUUUAUAUAUUCUUGAUUGGGCAAGGAUACAGCCUGACGUGACAGACAUUGACAAUGAUCACGAUGCCUGGGGCGUGCGUGAGAGAAGAGGAAGCUGGGCAAUUUGA